AUGGAUGACACUUUCCAUCACUUUAUUAAACUCCCUUGGGAGCUUCGAGAUCAAAUAUGGAAACUCGCUAUUCGACCUCCCCUUCCCGGGGUGCACAUCUUCCAAAUCUAUGACCCAAAGUACGAUAACAUCAUUGGCAACAAUAUCGAAGUCUUCCUCCCCCAUGGCUGCCCUGAUGAUCACCGCCUUGCUAUUCCAAGGUCUAAGAACUCCUUCGCUAGUGUCGCCCUCCUCGACAGAGGAUUAUGGAGCGCUUGCAAUGAGUCCAGGCUCGUCAUGAAACGCCAUUUCAGCCGCCUCAAGUGGCAAACUUUUAUGGAUAAAGACUGGGGAUCUUUCUGGUCUAUGCCAUUCGAGAAGAAACUCAAUAUGCCACUAACGGGCCACUUCAUAGGCCUCGACGGGCAUACGAAUUUCUUUACCGUCUUCCCACACCGAGACCUUUUCAUGCUCCAACCGCUAAAUCUGGAAACAAUUGAUUGGUUCAACUUCACUACUCGUCACCCCAUCUCAUCUGCGAUGAAUGGUUUUGAGACUGUCAAAAACAUCGCGUUGGAAUACAAUCCGGAAUGGGGGCUCGACAUGAUUGACAAGGUCGCUGGCAUCUUGUCCCAGACCGCUCUGACCAAUGUUUGGAUUGUGGACUACAGAAUCAGGCGAAAGUAUGCUGUGGAUAUUGGGAAACUCACAACUAGAGAGGGGCAGGAUGUGGCUUUCUACCUGGAAGACCGACGGUUAGUCGAGGUGGAACCCUGGAUGACUCGAAGUGAAUGGAAGAUCAUUGAGAACGAUGCUGAAUGCAGCGAGAGUACGACUUUCAAGGACUCUAUUGAGUUUAUGGAACAUGUCUGGGAUCAGAUCGGAGAUGAUGAAGAGCUAGAGUGGCACCGAUGGCUCGAGGCACCCAGGCGCAUAGGACUUCUAGGGUGUGACUGCCUCUAA